AUGGAGAAUUACGAGGAGACGAGAAAAGUGACAAGCACAUGGUGGAGAGUGAAACGAGCACACAAGCGGGACAUUGGCAAGAUCAAGGAUUGCCAGCUGAAGUUCCGGCUGAACUUGAAAGAGUUGCUCUUGCCGCUCGUGCAUGAUGGGACUGUCAAUCGGGGACAGUACGAACGACUCCUCGCGAAUCCGGGCGGUCACGGGUGGAAAGAGGACCGUGUGGAAGACGCGCUUCGUAUACGUCUUUCUGAAUGCCACGAUCGUUACGUGGAAAUGCUACUGGACAUACUAGAACUCAUGGCUCGAUUGAGCAAGGAAUGCCGCGUUGAUGAUGCGAAGUUCCAAGCCGGUCUGAUGGCUAAGAAUCAGAAGGCAUCGUCGAACACCCUCAACCAGCAAGCUCAGACAGUCCUUAUACUGCGAGCGAACGCAGCUUUUGAAGCCAAAAGAAUCCACUAUGCCUUUGCGGCAGCGAAACGAGAGGAUCUCCUUCGUCAGAUCGACAGCUGCAACGACCGACUUCGAGAUGUUCUCGCCCAAAGUGACCGAAUAUCAGCGCUCAGCGAGAGCAGAACGAGUCCUGGAACUCGCCGUUCGAUUGCGAAGCACCUCACCUUUCAUUCCCAUGCUGCGAGCAUCUUCCGAUUGCUGGACAAAAUCUGGACAUGCCAGUGUCGAUCACAAGCUAGACUGUGGCUGCAGCAUCCAUCGUUUCAUGAAGUCCUGAUGAAGAUGCAUCUGAAGCUUUGCGGAGGCCAGCAAUGCAUUCAAUGGCGGCUAGCAGACACACUGCCGACAAUACAGCUGGGCAGCAGAGAAUCCAAGGCGUCGAGGCCGCAACCUGCUAGUCAAGUGCCCUCUAUUGUUGUUCAAAGCUGUAGUACAACAUUGGAAGCGACCAGAUCAACUAGUGGCUCCACAUUGACGCUAACAGCCAACUCGACCUCAACAUCAGGUACAUCUAGCACCUCGCCCUCUACGCAGCCACAAAUUAUCAGCCUGGAGAACGAUGGCUUGUGCCGAACGUGCUCUGCUGUCCACGACCCGAAUGCGGCUUCCGACACCUGCUUAGGACAGCUCAGCGAUGGAGACAAUGAAUAUGCGGUCUUCCCGAUAGUGCACAGUACACCCAGCACUGCAGGUACCACCCUUGCGGACAUUCUGGACUCGCGAUCAAGACUCCGCCUGACGCGAGUCGAGCGCUAUGGAAUUGCUCUCACGUUAGCAUCAUCUCACCUCCAGCUACAUUCGACGCCUUGGCUCCAACAGCGCUGGACGUGUGAAGACGUUCGUUUCCCCACUUCGUCCGAUGGCGCCACUGUUACACUACAUGGCGAACCUUACAUAUUGGCGGACCUAUCUGGUACUGCAAACGGUUCCCAUCAAACGACAAAAGAUCGGAGCUUCUCAACGCUAGGAAUAGUUCUUCUGGAACUGUGCUUCGGCAACCGACUAGAAGACCAUCCUCUUUGGUCCAAUCCAGCUUUUGCGGUUGGCAAAUCAGAUCCUAUGAUUAGGCAGGCUGUCGCGUGUGAAUGGAUGGACGAUGUUCAAGGUGAAGCUGGUGAGGAGUAUGCCACUGCUGUUACAUGGACUCUUCGACAAGCGCCUGUCGCUGUGAAGGACGACGGCUGGAGGGCUGAUUUCGCUCAGAACGUUGUACAACCUCUGCAGCGGUACUAUGAGUACCUCAACCCUAAGAAGUGA